CGCCCGCUCGCCAAUUAUCUUGAAGGUCACAAUGAAGGGCGUGUAUAUCGACUCCUAGACCCUAGCUAGCUAUACUAAAAGCCCAGCCCGGCCCAUCAAUUAGUGGUACCACGACGCGUGCGCAGUUCGCCGAGGGUUCAUUAAUGAGGCCCGGGCGGCGGCCGGCCGGCCAGCGCAUAUGUGUGUAUAUAGCCACCCCCCCCCACAUUGGUUGCAUGUAACCUACCCCAUUCCUGUAGGGAACACCCACAGGAAAUACAAGGCCCUGAGUUUCUACAGCGUACCUUGCUACAGCCUAUCUUUAUGUAGUAGUUAUCUAUAGAAACAGUGGCAAGAUCUAACUACUACAUGUGGGGUCCUCUCAACCACCUAGUGAUCUUUCUUGCAUCAUCCAGCAUCAUUGUGGGAGACAGGGCCUAUGGAUAUCGUCCAGUCAUCCUAAUGCAUGGCCUGCUAGUGUCCUCAGAUGCUAUGGACAGUCUCGAGCAGAGGAUUCUGACAGCUCACCCAGGAACUCCAGUCUUCAACAUUGAUGCCUACAAUGAUGCUGAUAGUUUGAAACCCAUGUGGCAGCAGGUCCACGGAGUAUACCGUGUCAUUGGGCCCAUUCUGGACAGCUCCCCCGAUGGAGCCAUUCUCAUUGGACACUCCCAGGGAGGUGUGAUAUUUAGGGGAAUUCUAGAGGCCUACCCAACCAGCAACAUUACUUUCAUAUCCCUAGCUUCACCAAUGGCAGGACAGUUCGGCACGGCUCAGAUCAGCGAGAUAAUCCCACUUAUCACAAAGGAGUUUAUGUACCACUACUGCUAUCUGAGCGAGGCCAGACACAGUGUCUCAAUCUGCAACUGGUGGAAAGAUCCCACACAAAUGACAUUGUACCGGACAAACAACAACUUCUUAUACCCACUGGAGUCUCCUACUGACAAAGAAUACAAGAGUAACUUUGAGAGAAUAGGAAAGCUGGUUCUGAUAGGUGGUCCAGAUGACGGCAUUGUAGAGCCAUGGCAGUCCACUCAGUUUGGUUACUAUGACAAGAACAUGAAAAUAGAGGAAUGUGUGGAUCAAGAGUUCUAUACGAAGAACAGUUUUGGUCUGCGAACACUGGAUGACAGCGGCCGGCUGCACAUCCAUACGGUAGAAGGUGUCCACCACUUUGGAUUUCACAAAGACCAGACUGUGUUUGACUGCUGCAUCAAGCAGUGGCUGGACUGAUGAUACCAUCUCACAUAGCAACUUUCUUUGCUAGAGCCACCUCAGCCAGGGCUAGGGCUAUAGGGCCUUUUUACUACACUAUAAUAUCACAUGCAGCUGUUUUACCAUCUUUUUCCAGCAUCAAAAGUAAAGAUACAUGAUCAACUACUAAAUUUUACCUGUAUUUACUGUGCAUGUGGGGUGAUUAACAAAAUUCAGAUGUUAUAUAUACAUGAUCAGUGGCUGAAACAACCCUGAAAUUUACCUGAAUCUUGUGUGUGUAAUGAAUAGACUGGAUGUACAAUGUAACUGCUGAAAAUCUGAAUUUUCAUGCAUGUGUGGUGAUCAGAUGUUUUUCAGCAUAAAAAAAUGCAAGAUACAUGAUCAACUGUGAAUUCAUGCACGUGUAGUUAGACUGGAUGUACAAACUCAGAUGUCUGUUUAGUGGGACAAAACCAAGUUCAGUAUAUU